UUAAACAAACACCUAUAAAUUGAGUCUUCUUAACGUGCAAACAAACACCCUUUUCCACACUUAGUCAUCCUCUCAACUUGAACACCUUUCAAUACAAUACAAACCUUCAUUUCUUCUUCAUUAGAAUUCGUUAGCUUUACAACUGAGAUAACUUAAACAUUUGUUUUUUUUUUUUUUUUUUUGUCUUAACUCACCAUCUUGGUUAUGUAGAAUUCACCAUGAAACUAUUCAGCUUGACCCUGCUUCUUCUGAUCAUAGCUUGUUUUUUGUUUGAAAGUAUAAAAUCUCUCAGCAGAACUAAUUUCCCAGAUGGGUUCAUUUUUGGAACUGCUUCUUCAGCUUACCAGUUUGAGGGAGCUUCUGAUGAGGGAAAUAAAGGAGUUAGUAUAUGGGAUACAUUUACAAAACAACCAGGGAGAAUUUUAGACUUCAGUAAUGCAAACACAGCUGUUGAUCAAUAUCAUAGAUUUGAGAGUGACAUAGACUUGAUGAAAGAUUUGGGAAUGGAUGCUUAUAGAUUUUCAAUAUCAUGGUCGAGAAUUUUUCCGAAUGGAACUGGAGAAUCCAACCCAGAGGGAAUAAGUUACUACAACAGUCUUAUAGAUGCUUUACUUGAAAAAGGCAUCAAGCCCUUUGUCACUCUUUAUCAUUGGGAUCUACCACAGAUGCUUGAGGACAGAUAUGAAGGGUGGUUGAACAAACAGAUUGUAAAGGACUUUGAGCAUUAUGCUGUGACUUGCUUCAAAGCUUUUGGAGAUAGAGUAAAGCAUUGGAUUACCUUCAAUGAACCACAUGGUUUUUCCCUUCAAAGCUAUGACUUAGGCAUACAAGCCCCUGGCAGAUGUUCUAUUGUUGGUCAUUUGUUCUGUAAGAAGGGAAAUUCAUCUACAGAACCUUAUAUUGUGGCUCAUAAUAUUCUUCUCUCUCAUGCUGCUGCUUAUCAUACCUAUCAAAGAUCCUUCAAGGAGGAACAAGGAGGUCAAAUAGGAAUAGUCUUGGAUGCCAAGUGGCAUGAACCCAUAUCAGAUACUGAAGAGGACAUUGAUGCAGCAAAUCGUGCAAUGGAUUUUGCGCUUGGAUGGUUUCUUGAUCCACUUCUCCUUGGUGAUUAUCCUCUUUCAAUGAAGAAAUUUGUGGCGGAGAGGCUACCGAAAAUUUCACAAGCAACCUCAAAACUCCUUGUUGGAUCUUUAGAUUUUGUUGGCAUUAAUCACUACACCACAUUGUAUGCUCGGAAUGAUAGGGCUAGAAUCCGGAAGUUCAUAUUGCAGGAUGCUUUAUCAGAUGUUGCUGUCACAACAACGCCAUACCGACGAGGUGUUGCUAUUGGAGAAAAAGCAGCUUCAGGAUGGUUACGCAUAGUGCCAUGGGGGAUCCGGAAGCUGACAAACUAUGUGAAAGACAAGUAUGGAAACCCCCCAGUGAUAAUAACAGAGAAUGGUAUGGACGAUCCAAAUAAACAUUACAUUUCAAUAGAGAAGGCUUUGAAAGAUGAAAGGAGGAUAACAUUUCACACAGAUUAUCUUUCAAACUUAUCUGCUGCUAUAAGGCAAGAUGAUUGCGAUAUUCGAGGGUACUUCGUCUGGUCACUGCUUGACAACUGGGAAUGGAACAUGGGAUACACAGUCCGAUUUGGACUCUACUACGUGGAUUACAAGAACAACCUAACUAGGAUUCCAAAACAUUCAGUUCAUUGGUUCAAAAGUCUGCUCAGUCCGGAAGGAGAUUUGAGUCACCAGAUUAUUUGAAUGAUUCUUUUGUUUACAAAGAUUUUAAAGAACACAUUGAAAGAGAAAAUUCAUUGAAAAUAAAAAAACAAAAGAAGAAUUUUAAGCAAGGCAUUAAUUCUCUUUCUACUAUUUCCAACGUCACAUAGAGGCUAGAGCUGUAUCCGAUGCAACUCAUGUUGUACAUUCUUAUAUGCCAAGAAUAUGUAAUUGUAACUUGCAAAAAUUAGUUAUAAAUCUAUAGAUUUAGUGCAAUUAUAUGGUA